UAUCCACCAGAUUACCCAUGUACAGGCAGUAGGUCUAUACCAAGUGUAACCGGUCCUUUUACUGUGCAAAAACAUUUUAUGGUAUGUGUGACAAGUGACCUCGCCUGAGAACUAAAGACUCAUGUUAGUUCUGGAGCUAAUGCUCUAGGUUUUAGCUCAGCGAGCUGACACUGUCUUGAGUUGCGUGGAAACUUUGGGUUCAAUACCCAGGUCAGUAACAUUUACAUUGAGCACGGCAGUGAAUAAUGGCCUCCUUUCAUGUCUAGGUUUGGUUGAAUGAAGAUAGAGGCCGUGUGGAUUUCAGGGGUCUGGUUUGGUGGAGCUCUCCAUGCAUGGCCAGAUGUAACAAUCCACAUUGACUGAUCACAGGCUCAGUUUUAGUGUCAAAGCAUGAAGAGAAACCGGAUCUGUUACAAGGAGAACUAUACAACUAUACAAGACAUGGUUGAGAAGGGCUGACAAAACACUGCAAGGUAUUUAGUAUAGAAUUGGAAUCCAUAAAACAGCCUUUGGUCAAUUUGUACAAAUGAUGUUGAAAGGAAUACAUAAGUCAAAACAACAGUCAAUAAAAUACAAAUACAUAGUGAUUUAGUCACAUAUAAGAGAAGAGCCGUGGCUGGAUGUCAGUUUGAGAUUUCCCCCUUAGAAGAAGCAAAUUAAGACUAGGAAGCACACCUAUAGGCUGAGAGGAACCUAUUUGCUGGUGCUGAUGAAUGCCACUGUUGAGUAAAUCAGAAACUGAGGCUUGGGUAACAAGAGGCCACAAGAUGGCAGACUUGUAUGAAACCCCACAGAGGCCAAUUCCAUUUUUAUUUGACGUCACUCACUCCACUUGCUCACAUCGGGGCAAAUCCUAACUUCCAUUUAAGAAGAAUUUUCACUGAUGGCAAUCGAGACUAAGAGAACAGAAGUGAAACUAAGUGGAAGUUAUUAUUUGACCACAGUGACCACACUAUCAAAUCCAGAGUUUUAGGAAAUGAGGAUAUUAAUGAAUCCACUGCACAUGUGAGAUGUGUUUUGUUUCAUAAAGGUGAUGCAAUUCCUGAAAUGUAAUGUUUUGUUAUAGUGGAUUACUAAAAUGUAGUAUUUUAAGACCUGUGAUGAAAACUACUGUGGAACUCUCGGUGGUCCCCCCUCCAGUAUACACUGAGUAUACCAAACAUUAGGAACAGCUUUUGCCCUCAGAACAGCCUCAAUUCAUCAGGGCAUGGACUCCACAAGGUGUCUAAAGUGUUCCACAGGGAUGCUGGCCUAUGUUGACUCCAAUGCUUCCCACAGUUGUGUCAAGUUAGCUGGAUGUCCUUUAGGUGGUAGAUCAUUCGUGAUACACACAGAAAACUGCUGAGUGUGAAAAAACCCAGCAGCGUGGCAGUUAUUGACACAGACCUGGCACCUACUACCAUACCUUGUUCAGAGGCACUUAAAUAUUUUGUCUUGCCCAUUCACCCUCUGAAGGGCAAACAUACAAAAUCCAUGUCUCAAGGCAUAAAAAUCCUUAUUCAACCGGUCUCUCCCCCUUCAUCUACACUGAUGGAAGUGGAUUUAACAAGUGACAUCAAUAAGGGAUCAAAGUUUUCACCUGGAUUCACCUGGUCAGUCUAUGUCAUGGAAAGAGCAGGUGUUCUUAAUGUUUUGUAUUCUCAAUGUAUGUCAGGACAGUUCUGUUUCAUUGGGCUUUCCAGAUACGUAUGUUUUCCUCUAAUUAACAUUGCCUGAGGAUAGGCUCAGUUUUUGGAAUGUAGGAAUUCCAGAUAGUUUUUUUCUCUCCAGAAUGUAAUGACUUCAAUAUUACUGGUCUACACAGCUUUUCCUAACCAAAAUUAGAAAAUGUAUGUAUAUAUGAACGUUAAGUUAUUGUCAUAAUUUGCCAACCCAGGCUCCAUUGUCACUUAACACAGCUGCCGAAUUAUAACACCAUGCCAACACAUUUUAAAGAUGUUUUAGAUGUUCAAGUUGUUUCAAGAUUAUUUUCAUGUUCAUAUUACUAUACAUGUAGCAUAUAUGUAUUCAAUUAAAAUGUGUUUAUAAUACAGCCCAUUCAAUUGCAAUAUUUUUACACUUCCACCAGAAAAGAUGACUGAUUCAACUCGAUACUGUACAGCUAGUAUUGUGAUAGAAAGGGAAUUCCCAUCAACUAGUAUAAAUAUAGUGGGUAAAGGCUAUGAUGGUAUCUAACAACUUGCGUUCACUGGUCGGUCAAUUGUAUCAGCAAAUUCCUUGAAGUGCCAUCAACCCAAAGGCAAUGAAUAUUCUGAUAGUUUUCGCCAUUCUCUGCAACAUGGCCAGCUACGGUCAAAGCGCACCGAUCUUGGAAUAUUCUGGCGAGGCGGGUCAACUAGUCGACGAUCCAGAAUUCAACCUGUCCGUAGAAAACAGCAAGAGUUUGAUCAAAAAGGUGUUGGAUGCUAUUCCUGAGACACACACAUCGUGCAUUCAUUCUGAGACCCUGAUUCUUAACUCGAGCAGCGAGAACAGGAAACUACAAUACCUGGCGAUCAACCUUGGCAUCCCCUCAGCUCCCACACUCAAAGCCUUGACAGAUAACUUUACUUUGGAGACCUGUCUGAGACGUAUGUCAGAGGGACUACAGGUGCACCAGGACCUGCUAAGAGCUGUCGUACAACGCCUGGCCAACACAGAGAGAAUCACUGCACUGCUGACUGAUAUCAGAGAUCUCCGCGUCCAGAUCAACAGGAUGCUGAAAGCGGUCCAAGUGGCAGAGAGCCCGGUGGCGGUGCAGCCCACAGCCACAAGCCUGGCCUCUCGUCUCACUGGGGACUAUGAGGUUCAGGUAGCCACACAUCUGACUCUGGUGCAGCUCCAAAGCUUUGGCCAGGACAUAGUCCGCAGUCUAAGGAACAUAGCCCAAGCAAAUGGGGAGAGCGAUUGACCCAAAACUGACUUGAAAUGGACAUAUUUUUAUGGUGAUCUAUUUUAUUUAUUUAUUUAUUUAUGACCUAUUUAUAUUUAGUCUAUUUAUGAUUAGAUGUGUAUUUAUCAAAUGCUUAAAAUAUAAUUUAAAUGCUUUUUUACAUGUUCCAAUUACAGUGCAUUUGGAAAGUAUUCAGAACCCUUGACUUUUUCCAGAUUUUGUUACAGUACAGCCUUAUUCUAAAAUUGACUAAAUUGCCCCCCUCAAAUCUACACAUAUAAUACUCCAUAAUGACAGAGCAAAAACAGGUUUUUAGAAUUUUUAGCAAAUGUAUAUUUUGGGGCGCCAGGUAACCUAGUGGUUAGAGCAUUGGGCCAGUAACCGAAAGGCUGCUAGAUCGAAUCCCAGAGCUAUAAAGGUAAAAAUCUGUCGUUUUGCCCCUAAACAAGGCACUGUUCCUAGGCCAUCAUUGUAAAUUAGAAUUUGUUCUUAAAUUUAUUUAACUAGGCAAGUCAGUUAAUUUUUUAUAUAUAUUACAUUUACAUAAGUAUUCACACCCUUUACUCAGUAUGUUGUUGAAUCACUGUUGGCAGUGAUUACAGCCUAGAGUCUUCUUGGGUAUGACACUACAAGCUUGGCACACCUGUACUCUCAAUCCUCUCUGCAGAUCCUCUCAAGCUCUGUCAGGUUGGAUGGGGAGCGUCACUGCACAGCUAUUUUCAGGUCUCCAGAGAUGUUCGAUCAUGUUCAAAUCCGGGCUCUGGCUGGGCCACUCAAGGUCAUUCAGAGACUUGUCCCGAAGCCAUUCCUGUGUUGUCUUGGCUGUGUGCUUAGGGUUGUUGUCCUGUUGGAAGGUGAACCUUCUCCCCAGUCUGAGUUCCCGAGUGCUCUGGAGCAGGUUUUUAAAAUCAAGGACCUCUCUGUAAUUUGCUCUGUUCAUCUUUUCCGUGAUCCUGACUAGUCUCCCGGUCCCUGCCUCUGAAAAACAUCCCCACAGCAUGAUGCUGCCACCACCAUGCUUCACCGUAGGGAUAGUGCCAGGUUUCCUCCAGACGCGACGCUUGGCAUUCAGGCCAAAGAGUUCAAUCUUGGUUUCAUUGGACCAGAGAAUCUUGUUUCUCAGUCAGAACCUUUAUGUGCCUUUUGGCAAACUACACGUGGGCUGUCAUGUGCCUUUUACUGAGGAGUUAGUUGCUUCCUCCUGGCCACUCUACCAUAAAGGCCUGAUUGGUGGAGUGCUGCAGAGAUGGUUGUCCUUCUGGAAGGUUCUCCCAUCUGCACAGAGGAACUCUAGAGCUCUGUCAGAGUGACCAUCGGGUUCUUGGUCACCUCCCUGACCAAGGCCCUUCGCCCCCGAUUGCUCAGUUUGGCCAGGCGGCCAGGUCUUGGUGGUUCCAAACUUAUUCCAUUUAAGAACGAUGGAGGCCAUUGUGUUCUUGGGGACCUUCAAUGCAGCAGACAUUCACCUCAGGAUUCACCUGAGCUCAAUUUCGAGUCUCAUAGCAAAGAGUUUUAAUACUUAUGUACAUUUUUUGACCUGCCAAUCCGCGCUCCUUAACACCUGCCCGCUUAUCCCGGGAAACCAGCCGCACCAAUGUGUCGGAGGAAACACAGCUCAUUUGACCACCGAAGUCAGCCUGCAGGCGCCCGGCCUGCCACAAGGAGUCGCUAGAGUGUGAUAAGCCAAGUAAAGCCCCCCCAGCCAGAACUGCCAAUUGUGCAACGUCCUAUGGGACUCCCGGUCACGGCCGGUUGUGACAUAGCCUGGGAUCAAACCUGGGUCUGUAGUGACACCUAAAGCACUGCGAUGCAGUGCCUUAGAUCGCUGCGCCACUCGGGAGGCCCUGUUUUUUUAUUUUGUAUAAAACCCGUUUUCGCUUUGUCAUUAUGGGGUAUUGUUUGUAGAUAAAUGUAAUCCAUUUUAGAAUAAAGCUGUAACAUAACAACAUGUGGAGAAAGUCAAGGGGUCUGAAUACUUUCCAAAUGCACUGCAAGCCUACUCGAUUAUUGGCCUGUAUGCUUUGUGAGCAACCUUUGUAGUAAGCUUCAUAAGCUGUUAUCAACUUUUGUCCCAGGGUGUCAUUGAGGAAGUUUUUUUUAGGGGUUAUACAUGAAUCCACCAUUUGUAUUUCAUAAGUUCUAUGAAAAUGUACUGUUUUUUACAGAGACAAUUGCUUGCAAGUAUCUGUAUGUUAUACUUCAUUUUGGAGUUAUUGGUACAUUUUAUUUUGUCAAAUGCAAUGCAUUAGCGCUCACCAAAUAUACACUGAACAAAAAUAUAAACAUGUUCGUCCCAUGUUUCAUGAGCUGAAAUAAAAAAGAACCCAAAAAUGUUCAAUAUGCACAAAAAGCUUCUUUCUCUAAAUUGUUUAGUUUACAUCCCUGUUAGUGAGCAUUUUUCCUUUACCAAGAUAAUCCAUCCACCUGAGAGGUGUGGCAUACCGAGAAGCUGAUUAAACAGCAUGAUCAUUACAUACCUUGUGCUUGGGACAAUACAAGACCACUCGGAAAUGUGCAGUUUCAUCACACAACACAAUGCUACAGAUGGCUCAAGUUGAGAGAACGUGCAAUUGGCAUGCCGUCUGCAGGAAUGUCCACCAGAGCUGUUUGUCAGAGAAUUGUAUGUUUAUUUUUCGACCAUAAGCCACCUCCAGGUAAGUUUUAGAGAAUGUGGCAGUACAUCCAACCGGCCUCACAACCGCAGACCAUGUGCAUGGCGUCGUGUGGGCGAGUGGUUUGAUGUUAACGUUGUGAACAGAAUACCCCAUGGUGGCUGUGUGUUUAUGGUAUGGGCAGGCAUAAGUUAUGGACAAUGAACACAAUUGCAUUUUAGCAAUGGCAAUUUGAAUGAACAGAGAUAUCGUGAUGAGAUCCUGAGACCCAUUGUGCUAUUCAUCCGCUGCCAUCACAUCUUUCAGCAUUAUAAUACACCAUGUCGAAAGGAUUUGUACACAAUUCCUGGAAGCAGAAAAUGUCUCAGUUCUUCCAUGGCCUGCAUAAUCACCAGACAUUUCACACAUUGAGCAUGUUUGGGAUGCCCUGGAUCGACAUAUGACAGCGUGUUCCAGUUCUUGCCAAUAUUCAGCAACUUCGCACAGCCAUUGAAGAAGAGUGGGACAACAUUCCACAGGCUACAAUCAACAGCCUGUUCAAACUCU